AUGAAGAGGAUUCGCAGGGGUACUACUGAAGCUUCAUCAUCACGACCUAAUAGACAACGUCCCACGGCCUCAGCGAGGAGACAGAGAACGGCUCCCCAAGAUCACAUUGAGGAUACUACAGAGGUUGAAGAUGUAGUUCCUACUGAUUAUAGUAAUGUUGACGCAGAGGUUGAAGAUGUAGCUACUGCUCAGGAUAGUAAUGUUGAGGUACAUGCCGAGCCUACUGAGCCAUCUCGAGUAGGUCCCAUUGAUCCAUCUUUACUUACGAGUUUUAAAACUCACAUAGCAGCUACAAUUUGGAAUAACCAGGAACGUGAGCCCCUUAGGUGCAUGUCGAAAACAUCUACCCUUCGUGAGUGGAAUUGGUGGGGUAAUCCAAAUAAUGGUAUAUUCAAAGGGUACAUUCAGAGGUCUGGAUUAGAGCACCUUAUUAGGUGUUCUUAUCGGAAUGCUGAUAAGAUUGUGGUGUCUACAUUUGUUGAGAGGUGGCAUCCCGAAACGAACACCUUUCACAUGCCUUUUGGUGAGAUGACCAUCACAUUGGAUGAUGUGUCAUCUAUUUUAGGCAUUCAUGUGUCUGGUGCAGCGGUUGGUCCUCUUGGAGAUGAUGACGACACAAAUUUUGAGUUGUUAGUUAAGUACUUAGGAGUGACUGAUGAAGAGGCUACUGAACAAUUGCACGAAUACAGUGAUGAGUAUGUGAGUUUGUCAUGGUUACGGGCGCGAUUCUCCAAUGUUUCAGACACAGAUUCAGAGGAGUACAUCAUGUAUUCGGCCAGGGCAUAUUUGCUAUAUCUCUUGGGUUGCACUUUGUUUGUUGACAAGACUGGCACGAGAGUCCAAAUUGUGUACCUUAGACUACUUAGAAACCUUGAUAGUGUUGCUGGUUAUUCAUGGGGUUCUGGGUGCUUAGCAUGGUUGUAUAGACAAUUAGGCCAAGCUUCGAGGUCUAAGGUGAAGCAGAUUGCUGGGUACAUGACUUUGCUGGAGGCAUGGGUGUAUGAGCACAUGCAUGGUGUUGUUGUCCCUGAUCAUGACCUUGAUUAUUUAGAGGUCCAGCCUCGUGCACUUUGUUGGAUUCCACGUCGAGACAAUGGCACAACAUCGGUAGACGUGCAGAAGUAUAGACAACGGCUUGACGCUUUGAAUGCUGAUCAGGUUAUAUGGGAACCUUACAAGUUUGAAAGGGAACACCACCCAUUUCCAGAUGUUGCAUUCUACUCAGGGAUGCUCAGAUGUUGUGAUGUUAUUGAGCCCUACCAUCCUGAGCGGGUUCUUAGGCAGUUUGGUCGAGUGCAGACGAUUCCUCCCAGAAUAAGUGCUCCAACCAGAACAGGUAGUCGUGCCAAUUCCUAUAAUUCUUACUUUGGGGAAAUGUGGGACAAUCGGGAGAACCACAUGUUGGGAGAGGCGAACCGUAGUGUACCAGUGAGGAGACCAUCAGAUACUGUGCCUGGGUACUUGGAGUGGUACCUCAACGUGGGAUAUCCGUUUGUCAAGAAUCCUAAUUAUGGAGCUGCAUUUGACCCAUUUGCCUCAAUGCAAAGCAGAUAUUAUCAAGCCGCUCGUGGCAUUAGGGGAAACAGUUGCAUUGCGUACACGACCUUCCCAAGUUUAUCAAGCAAUUGA